GCUGACUAGCCUUGCUUCUGAAAAAGAAGAGUUUGGAAAGGGUGGCUUGAAUACCUCUUUUUACUUUCAAUGUGACACCUCUCAAAGCUGUACCGGCAGAUUUAUCACAGUCUGGUCUCGGGUCUUCAUCUAUUUCUUCUUGGUCAAACCAAUGUGUAGUCGAGGAUAACUGCAGAUAUAGGACAGCUGUCAGAAAGCUUACAGCUAUUUCGUUUUCAUGCCAUACUGACUUCAAGUAGUUCUUAUGUGCCAGGAUACCAUGAGCUUCAUUUACAAUUUGUAAAACAAUAUGAUUCUCACCAGGAAAGCACUUAUUUCUAAGACUGCAGGUAGCAACAUUUAUUCCUGCCAGGUUUGCUAGUCCCUUUACCAGACUGGAGACAAGAGCAUCAGAAAGAUAAACGGCAAAAAUGUCAGCAACCUCAAAUUUUGCAAGCAGUCUAUUAACAACACUUUCUACAAGAUGAUACGGCAAAUAAGUUAUUAAUUAUUUAAGAAAAUUAGCAUAAAUAUAUGAUAAUAUAAUUAUAAAUGUAAUUUAUUCCUGUGAUGGUAAAUCUGAAUUUUCAGCAGCAUUACUCCAGUCUUCAGUGUCACAUGAUUCUUCAGAAAUCAUUCUAAUAUGUUUAUUUGCUGCUCAAGAAACAUUUCUUCUUAUUAUUAGUGCUGUAAAAAGUCAUGCUGCUUAAAAUUCUUGAUUUUUUUUUUAUUUUAUUAUUAUUAUUUUUUAUUUUUUUUGAGUUGAGCAAAGAUCAAACUUCUAUAGAACAGCAUUACUUUUUUAAAAAAAUUUAAAACUAAAUUUAAGUUGCAUAGUUGUUGUUGUUUGGUUUUGUUUGCGUAUAAAUACUGUAUACCAUGUUUUUAUGAAAUUUAAGGUGGUAAAGCGCUCUCUGGAGGUGUGGGGUAGUGAGGAGGCUCUGGAGGAGGCCAAGGAGAGUAGAGAGGAGAACAGGGAGGUGCAAAAGCAGAAACGCUUUAAUAAAAAGGUUAAAGAGUUGAGGAGGGCAGUCAGGAGCAGUAUGUUUAAGAAAGAUACCAGCGUUCAUCAGCAUGUUUACGGCCCUGAGGAGCUGCUAGACGAAGAGGAAGAUCUUUACAGGAGAGUCUGUUAAACAUGUGGACACAAACUCACUUUUGAGAAGAUGUAAAUAUGUCUUGGAGGUCUCACUGCUGUGACUACUGUUCAGGGAAGAAGCAGGUCUCGGAUCCAGGUCAGCAAAGAGUAAUGCUUAUCUUGCUUCUGGUCUUCAACACAUUCUCUAGCCUUGCAGUCCAGCAGGUACCAAAACAGGUUUGCAUCAGUUUCCACUUGAACCAAUUUGGAGUAUCUGAAACUCCUGACCAACAUAGUGGUGCUGUAUUGUGUUCUGAAGUUGCCUUCUGAAGUUUAGAAAUGUCAGCAUUAAAGGAGUAGUUCAUUUCCAGAAUGAAAAUUUCCUGAU